AUGAAGACUGUAGCUAGCAUUACCGCUAUCGCAACCAUGUUCGGCUCUCUCAUCGCCGCUGAGAAGUGCUCACCAGAUUUAUUGAGUAUUAAUCUGCUUCCGCUCGAAUCGAUGUCGAAGCUCUGCGCCGCCGACUCAGGAUACAAGCUUUACCCAUACACGGAUAUGCCGUCGGAGGACGAGCUUAAUGCUUUAUGCAAGAGCGAAGCUUGCUGCAACAUGCUUGACGAAGCUAACGCGCUAGACUGCGUCUUAACAAUCAACGGCAGUGAGCACACUAUUCAGGACAGUGCCGCAGCUAUUUUCGCAGGAUGUGAGAUUCUUGAUGCUAUGGAGCUCUCGGGUUAG